ACUGCUGCUGCUGGUCUGCCGCUGGGCCGCAACGCUGCUGGGGCUGCCGCUGCUGCUGGUGGUUUCAAGGCGGAGCCUGGGGCUGGCUGACGAUUGCCGAGGUGAUGGAAGCGAGCCUCGGUUGGUGGUGGUGGUAAGUGACAAUGGAGUGGUGGCGGGGAGUGGUGCGGAGUGGUGGAAAGUGGUGGUGGUGGUGAGCAGUGGGGUUGGGGGUUGAUCUCAAGCUUGGGCCCAAUACCCGCACGUUUAAGGCUUAAUGGACGAGCACCAGACCCUGCGGCCGGGGUGUUCUGGUGUGAGUGUCCCCUCUAGCCACGUCGGUGAGGGGCUCAGGUCUUGGGGUUGGCCCUCAGCCCCACUGCUGGUGGUGGUGGAGAGUGGUGGAGAGUGGGGAACCCCCCUCCGCUGCCUUUUUCUUGCUUGAACCUGGGGGUUUCAACCCCCUCUCCUGCCUCUCAACCGCCUUAUUUUGAGGGCUUCAAUCCGUUUCCAUGCCUUGCUCUCACCCUACUCGGGGGAUUUCGACCCCUCCCCUCCCUCUGUCAAGCCAAACUGAUGGUGGUGGAAAGUGAUGGUAGUGUUGGAUGUGCAAAGGGGGAGUGGUGGUGGUGGGAAGUUGUGCUGGUGGUGAGGGGUGCUAGUGACCUGCUAUGACAUAGUGUGAUGUUGAUGGCAGUGCUAGCUGGAUAGCAAUAGGUUGGCUGCAGGAUGGAAGGCUAGUUUGAAGAAAGUCUUGUAAUUUUACUCGUGCAUAAUUUUCUUCACCUCGAAAUGUAUAUCAUCAAUCUUAUGGA